AUGUUUCAGGUCAAGCUGGAGGGCUGGGUGCGACUGUGGGAAAAUCCCAACGGCAUUCCACCAGCUGAUCUCUCCUGGGUGAAGGACGACACCGAGCGAGGACUCUUUGGCCCUAUUCAGGUGUAUCGCGACAAUGCUGCGGUAUUGAAGAGGUGGCGUGUAAUAAAAUCAGACCGCAUGUGGUUUUACCCUCCAGAACCUCCAGGCUACAUCAGUGGUAGUGUGCCAACUCCACAUCUCUUCUUUUGGGGUCGCAUCUUUGUGUGGCGGCCCGUUGGAGUUUGGAAAUUCUCACUGAAGUGUCCUCGAGGAGAAGAAUGUGUGGGUCAAGGAAAAAAUGUGUACCUCUACAAAUCAGGCUACCACACCAAGGUUCGUCACAUUUGUGACGUUUCCAGCUGGUACUGUAUAAUAACAGAGGUCCUGUGCUGCGGCCCGUGUACAAAAGCAGCCAGGGGUGGCGGCAGUGGCAAGGUGGGCAGGUGGUUGGCGUGGGAUUCCACCAUUCUGUGUCAACUUAGUGAGGCUCACCAAGCCAUGUUCCCUGCUAUUCUGACAGACAAGCGUGGUGUGGACAAGAACAUGGUGCAGCUUCUGAGGGACCGGACUGAAGGGAACACCAUGGUCAAAGUGUGGAGACAAAUCCAGGAGAAUCAUGUUGAGGAGUAUCUCCACAGGAAAGACCUGUACACCACAGUCCUCAUGACUCUCGUGAAGCCUGGGGGAAUCGUUUCGGCCUUAGGACACACGUUUGAGGCUCCACCUCCUCAAAGAGAGCUUCCCUCUGCUCGCCUGCUUCGUCAUGCCUUCCUGCUGGCAGAAGCCAACAAUGUACAGGACUACAGGAACCAGAUUCUCUCCACUUUUGGCACAGUGCUAAAAAUGGACUCCACUAAAAAGGUGGUGAAGAAGCUGUCUGGAGAGGGUAAAGGCACAGCAGAGUGGUUCACCAGCAUAGGCAAUGAGCAUUCACAGAUUGUCUCAUUUGUUCUUACCUGUGAAGAGUCCACCGAGUGUCUGAAGCCCAUGUGUCAGGGAGUAAUGGACCGCUUCCACCAGGCCAAUCAACCUGUGCCCAAGAUCUUGUACGUUGACCGCGGGUGUUGUCGUGCACAAGGCCCGACCGCUGUGGAGAGCUUGUUCCAGACGUGGGUGGAGAAUGGCUUGGUGGUGCGUUUGGACAUUUUCCACUGGAUACAUCGCUUUGAUGCAGCCAUUCGCACAGACAGCCACUCCAAGUAUGCUGUGUUCAAGUCUGCCCUAGCAGGAGCGGUGCUGGCCUACAACCGCGCAGACUUGGAGCUGCUCAUCAAGGCUGUCAGAGCAAAGGACCCGACAGCUUUUGACACGGUGACUGAUGAAGACAUGGUGCGACUUUAUGUAUCCAGGGAACAGCUGAAGCACCAUGUUCGCAGAGUCACACUUGGGGCUCAGGAGACCUUCUGGCUCAUCCAGAUAGCCAUAGAUGAGCUCAAAGGUCCUGCUGGGCUAGACCAAAGUGGAGUCAGCCUCUACAAGUCGCCAGAAGCAAUAGACGGUGUGUGGGACGGCCAGCAAAGACACCUUGAGUGCAUUCAGGAUCCUCCAGAGAUGAGCAUGUACAGAGUGUCUCAUAGCACCAACAUCAACGGGGUGGACGUUCCUUAUUACAAGUGUCUCUGUGGAAGCAACAGCCUGGAAGGUUUCCACAAAGUUCUACCUCACAUGAUACCAGGUCCCCACUGUGCUGCACGUCCCUAUCAGAUUUACCUGAUUAGUGGAAUCGCUCGUUGGAACUCGGACCGCAGUUCUGAAGCUGUGUUUGGUGGCAAAGGGAGAAAUCUCAGAUCCUACUCUGCACCUCUGAUUGAGCGCCUCAACACCCGCUGCCAGCAGCUGUUUGGAGAAACUGUGGAGGAGAAUUUCCGCGCCCCUGCUGCUGUGACAUCAAAUGAGCUGCUUGGUUUGGAGUACCUCUUCAGCCAAAGCACAGGUGAAUCUGGUGCCUUCUCCCUCAGUGACCUCUCAAAGGACGGACCCAGUCCAGAGGAGGAGGUGGUUCAGCCUGACCAGCCUGACCCCGAUGAGGACGAUGAGGCCUACCAGAGCGACCCAGAGGCAGAGCAGUACAGGGUGACUGCUGACCCGGCCUACAUAACCCUUACCAUGGAAGAAACCACCACUGCUCACCCUCUGGCCUUUGAGGAUGCCUGUAGCCCCAACCCGCUGCCUGGAUUCCAGCAGCUGGAAAACUUCUGCUCUCUGCUGGUGAAGAUUGGCCUGACUGCGAAUAAGCUGAGCCUGACGACGGAGCACAGGAACAGGCUCAUCGCCGCAUGGCACGCUGUCGAGGAACAUGACAAGCAACCACAGAAGUUUCAUCAACUGUACAGAACACACUGGGGUAACACAUUGUAUUGCCGCACAAAGAGGGACGAUCUUGCUGAUGCUGCUGUGAUUCAACGAGUCAAGAUCUUAAAAGAACGAUCAGACAUGGUGAUGCCAGCUCCAAAAAACCCGUCCCAGGCAAAACACCCUGAAUCUCCACUGACGUCUGACUUACCCCAGCAGAAAACUCCAGCCAUGUCUACCAUCUUCAGACCUCUACCUAGAAUAACUUCAUCCACUGCUCCUACACAAGUUAUUCCGGCCACGUCCACAAAUGCCACACCUGUGUCUUCCAGCCAGACUGACACGUCACAGAGUGCUGACACCCCUUCGGUCUGGUCUAGAGCAACAAUAUACAAACGAAAAAACACAGUAAUUCUUACUCAAGUUGGAGCAAAGCUUUCACAUGUUCACCACUUGCCCAUUUGCACACUUUGCCACCAACCCACUCAGGGACACAAAAAAUAUAAAAAGAAGACUUUUUGUCCCAUGAAAAUGAUGUGGACCUCCAAAGGAUUUGACAACAGAGUGUACACCAGCUAUGAACACUUUACCACAGUUGUGGACUCACAAGAGUGA